AUGUCUUCACACAGCGCGCGGUUCGCCGCCCUCUACGACUCCCUCCCCACCGACGUCCAAUCCGCCAUCGUCCACAAACAGCUCAUCCCCCUCCUCGACCACGCCUCCAAAACCAGGCGCAACAGGGUCCUCGCCACCGCUGCCAAGAUGCACCGCCGCCACGCGCGCAUCCCCGCCCUCGACCUCCGCUCCAAGCAGCGCGAGGUCAACGCGCUCCUCGACGACCUCCACCGGGACGCCAAGCGGUCCUUUGUCCACGACCGCUCCCGCCGGACGGAGCUGCUUGAGCAGACGGUCGAGAGCGUCACCUGCUGGCUCAACGACAUCUGGCGCGUCGUCUACGAGCACAACGUCGACUUUAUGCUCGCGCACAGGUGUCUCGUCUUCACCAUGAACACCAUCGAUCAGAUUGGCCACGCGCGUGCCAGCUGUCGGUGCGCUCUGACGAGCAUGUACGUCCCGAUCACGAUCAAGCGGCGGUCAGGGAAGGUGGUGAAGUCGUGGGAGGUGAACGGGGCGCACAACGUCGGGGAGGUGCUGGAGUUCAUCUGGCGCGACCUGUUCUUGAGCAUGCUCGCGACGGGCACGCGGCGGCAGAUCGAGAAGAUCCCGGAGAUGCUGGACGACAUCGAGGACAUCAUGGGCUGGACGGCGCUGGAGCGGCUGCUGUACGGUGGUCGGAAAUGCCCACACGACGAAUACGGUCCGGACGAAGAGUGGUCAGACGUGGACUCGGACAUCGACGAAGACGAGGACGCGUACACAGAUGACGACUCGGACCUCGACGCGCCCGUCUCCGACGCCGAUUGGGUCCCCAAACUCAAUCGCCGCACGACACCAUCGCACGCCAAACACUGGUCGCACCGGAUCAGCUCGCAAGUGUGGCAAUUUCGCAAGCACGUCCACGCCGCGAUGCUCGCCGUCUUCAGAUCCAACCCAUCCCUCCGGCUCUACUCCGCCCUCCUCGCGUCCUCCGCCGACCCGCAGACGACUCAAGCAGAACUCACUGCCUUCCUCUCCGAAUCUGCCACCUCCUCCCCCGACGUCUUCGCCGCCGCGCUCGACAUCCACGCGCUCGAGAACAAUACCUCCGCCAUCGCCGCCCUCCUCGCCACUCACUCGCACCUCCUCCGCCCGCGCGACGCUCCGAUCCACCAGUCCGCCGUGACCACGCUCGCGUCCGACCCGGCCUACCACUCGCACGCGCUCGCGAUCAUCGAGAAGGAGCUCCUCGACACAGCCAGAACCGUCCGCGCCGCCCUCGUCUCCUCCGUGUUCUCCCGGCUCGACACUCUCGCGAACAAAACCGAGCUCGACGCGAUCGUCAAGCUGCGCUCGAGCGCCGCCGGGCGGCAGGACCGCGUCGAGCACUGGGUCGACGCCGUCACGACUCCGGGCGCGGUCGGCCCGAACCCCAUGGCGCUCGCCGCGCUCGUCAUGGGCAUCCCCCUGCCCGUCGGCCCCGGGGGCGGGCCUGCCGCCCUCGGGUUCGGGGGCGACGGGCUCGACGGGGACGCGGACCCGCUGGGCUACCUCGACCUCGACCCGAACGACCCGGACAUGGAGGACCUGCGGGAGGAGUUCCGGCCGCGGCUGAGGCAGCGGUUCGAGGGCUGGACGGACGUCGCGGCCGCGGCGGGCAAGAGCGGCGCGGGGGUGCUGGCGCGGGUGUACAGGGAGCUAGUGGGCUCGAUGCCGUUCUUGCGCGCGAGCGACGUCGUCGAGGAGAUGCUCGCCAGGGUGUCAGAGAAGCCGGGCAAGCAGCACCUCAUCGACGCCGUCGACGCGCUCUCCGCGUUCGUCAAGGUCCAGCGGCGCAAGCUCGCCGCGUCCAAGUCCGAGCAGAAGCGCCGCGCGAACGCUGCCAGCCAGACCGCCUCCUCUGGCUCCGGCCCAUCGCUUCAUCUCCCACCUCAUCCCCAUCCCCAUCCGGGGAUGCCGAUGUUCAUGUUCGGGACUGCGCAGACGACCCCGGAGGAGAGCGACGCCGUGCCGGACCGGCCGGAGACCCCGCCGCCGCCGCUCGAGCCGAUCGGCCCUGCGCAUGCGAAUCAUGAUUAUGCGGGGCCUGCGGCUCCUGCGCCGUUGUUCACGUUCUAUACCGGUAUGACUGCGCCUGUGCCUCCUCCUGCGGUCCCUACGGGAGGUGGAGGGGCUGAUGGUGGUGGGUAUGCGGGAUGGAAUGGCAUGGAUGACGUCGAUUGA